AUGACUGCAGCAACAGCACAUAUUGCUCGAACAGUUGUUGGUAUUAUAGGAAAUAUCAUCUCAGGCUUCUUGUUCUUGUCACCAGUGCCAACAUUUUAUGAGAUAUGGAAGAAAGGAUCAGUUGAGCAAUUUUCACCAGCACCAUACUUAGCAACACUUGUGAACUGCAUGGUGUGGACACUAUAUGGUCUCCCCAUGGUGAACCCGGACAACGUGUUGGUGCUGACCAUCAACGGAUCGGGUUCUGUGGUCGAGAUCGUAUAUGUCACACUCUUCUUAAUUUACUCUAGCCGCAACAAAAGGCUCAAGGUUCUUAUGUGGCUAGUUGUUGAACUCCUUUUCAUCGGAGUUCUUGCGUUCGUCACAUUGAUUCUUGUUCACUCUGCUAAGAAACGAUCGGCCAUUGUUGGUACCACCUGCAUUGUCUUCAACAUUAUGAUGUACGCUGCACCUUUAGCUGUCAUGAAAUUGGUGAUUGUGACUAAAAGCGUUGAGUACAUGCCGCUCUCCAUUUCUCUUGCUGCCUUUGGAAAUGGUGUCGCGUGGACCACUUAUGCUCUCAUCCAAUUCGACGCAUUCAUCACUGUGCCAAAUGGGAUUGGGACAUUGUUUUCUGUGGUUCAGUUGAUUCUAUAUGCAACCUAUUACAAAUCGACGAAGAAGCAGAUAGCUGAAAGAAAAGCCAACAAGACAGAAGUGAACCUGUCGCAGGUUGUGGUUGGCAAUGGUGACCAACAAUCCAAGACAAAUUAUUGA